AUGUGUGUGUAUAUAUACAUAUUAUAUAAAUAUAGCAUUGAGGACAGAAGAACAAACGGUUAAACAACGGGGCAGAGGGCAGCAUGGAAAUAGCUGGAUUUGUAAUGUAAAACAUUGGAAGCCCACACCUCAAACUGAAUCUAAUUUAAAAGUUCUCUGUUGGCGCUCGUUUUUCUCUUCCAAAACCCAUCUCAAUUUCGCUGUAUUCUUCGGCUUUUCUCUUUCCCCCAUUACCCAUUUCCACUAAUCUACUCUUUUUCUGUUGAAUUUCAAGUGGGGUUGUUCGUUUUCCCCCAUUUUGUGAACUUCUUCCUCUAAUCUUUUAAACUUUUUAAGUUCUGCGGUUUUUUCUUGAUCUUUGUGGGGUUUUGUUCUUUUCUGUGUGUUGUUGUUCUUCUUCUUGUUCUUGUUGUUGCUGUUUUUUUGUUAGUUGAUUGAAGUUUUUGGUGUAGUGAGGAACGGGUGGCUUAAUUUAAUUUCUUUCGGAAUUUAAAGAACUUUUUAUUUUUAUUUUUUUUUCUGUUCAGUAGGUCAAUCUGUCUUUCUUGUUUGUGGAUCUAAGGCUUCUUUUUCGUUGGUUUCGGUCAAAAGAAAGAAGAAAGAAAAAUAAUGGAUUUUUUCAACUCUUGAAGGGUUGUUUAAUUUUGGGUAUUUGUCGGUGUUUUAGAGAUUAAAUUGAAUUUUGGGAGGAAAUGGAGGUGUCAAUUUCUCCUAAAACAACACAAGAAGUGGUGGAUGAGAUUAUGAAACUCCACAGAUCUUUGCCUCUCAGACCUGGAAUUGAAGAAGUUGAAGGGGCUAGAGUUCUAAUCAGCAAUGUAGAUAAAGAAGUCCAAAUGAAACUCGAAGCCAUUGAAAGACAAACGAAGAAUCAAGAAGUCCCAGAAGAGCUUUUCCAGAUCUUGCUCGAGAUGCAAAGGAAUUUCAUCGCUUUCAAAAGCAAAGAAGAUAAAUGGGAAGCAUUGAAAUUGCUGGAAAUUGAAGAUGUCUAUUACCUGUUCGACGAAUUGCUUCAAAGAGCUUCAAAGUGUGUUUCUACUCCUCCUUCAAUCUCAGCACAAACUCCCAAUGCCGUCUCCUCUUCUUUCUAUUCAUCUUCUACCACUAAUUUGAAUAGAAGCUCAGCUGUUCCUUCUAUUUCUGGGAGUGUCAGUACUUCAACCACAACCCCUUCAAGCUUGUUGUACAAUUCUGAGAAAGGACCCACAAAAUCCACCACUCCAUUAUUCUCUAGAGAUGACAGUUAUAUCCCAAAAGGCCAGCCAGCGUCUUAUAUGGAUGGAUUUGGAGCUAGACCAGGCGUUUCUUCUUCACCCCUUAUAAGAGAUCCAUCCUUAAAACUUGCAACUUCUUCAGGUGAAAAUGGUGAAAAGUAUAAUUUAAUGGCUCUGGCUAGUGUUAUUGAGAAAGCAAAGAAAGGAAGUAGCGCUCUUGAUCUAAGAAACAAGCUGAUGAACCAAGUAGAAUGGCUUCCUGAGUCUAUAGGGAAGUUGACUAAUUUGGUUUCUUUAGAUUUAUCUGAGAAUCGUCUGGCAACUCUGCCAGAAGCCAUUGGAGCUCUUUCCCAAUUGGAGAAAUUGGAUUUACAUGCCAACAAGCUCAGUGAACUUCCAAGCUCAUUCACAGAUCUUGCUAGUUUGGUCUAUUUGGACCUCAGGGGAAACCAAUUAGUAUCUCUGCCUGUUUCUUUUGGGAAGCUGAUUCAUCUUGAGGAGCUUGAUCUCAGUUCAAAUAUGCUCACUUCACUUCCGGAAUCCAUUGGUAAUCUUGUGAAGUUGAGAAAAUUGAAUUUGGAAACCAAUAAUAUUGAGGAGAUCCCUCAUACGAUUGGUCGGUGUGCGUCUCUACGUGAGCUGACUGCUGAUUAUAACCGGCUUAAAGCACUGCCUGAAGCCGUAGGAAAGAUUGAGACUCUAGAGAUAUUGUCUGUACGUUACAAUAACAUCAAACAAUUGCCAACAACCAUGGCCUCUCUUGCCAAUCUGAGGGAGCUUGAUGUAAGUUUCAAUGAGCUUGAAUCUGUGCCAGAGAGCUUAUGUUUUGCCACCAACCUUGUCAAGAUGAACAUCGGAAACAACUUUGCUGAUCUGCAAUCGCUUCCUAAGUCUAUCGGGAACCUAGAAAUGCUCGAAGAACUGAAUAUUAGCAAUAACCAGAUACGGUUUCUUCCUGAUUCCUUCAGAAUGCUGACUCGCCUUCGAGUCCUCCGAGCAGAAGAGAAUCCUUUCGAAGUACCCCCAAGACAUAUAUUCGAAAAAGGCGCACAGGCUGUUGUUCAAUACAUGAUUGAUCUACAUGAGAAUAGAAAUGUCAGAACAGAACCAGUUAAGCGAAGAAAAAGGAGGUGGUGGCAUAUGUUCAACUCAUGCAAUUCAAACCAAAGGCAGAGUGAUCCAAUAAACCACAUGAGGGCUUAAUCAUUUACAUAAUUGUAUACAAGAAGAAGUCAUCUUUUCCCUAUAAGAUUAUGAGGAAUCACAAGCCAAGCUGGUCUUCGAGUAAUGAGUCAACUGCAUAUCAAAUUUGGGAUCGAUUGCCAAAAAUGUAACUUAUUGUGCAUCACAGCAUAGAGGAUAUUCCUUCCCCCACUCCCUCUCUGUAACUUUAUCAUUCUUUGUGAAUUUUGUAUUUUAGGAUUUUUAUGGUUAUGAAUAUAAUUCAGGUUGUAAAUGGUUGGGGAAAGGGAAAAUACUGAUAUAUACUUUCCACUUGGGUUUUAGUGAGCAAAGUUUACAACUUUAAAUAGAGCAAAAAUGAAUGAACGUUGAAAUGGCAAUAAAAUGAUGGAAUAUGGCCUUUCUAUAA